GGCAAACAUUUGCCGCCGGUCAGUCGAUUCAGUUUCUCGAGAACUCCACAACCGAAUGGGUCGUUUGAACGCUUGGUAAAAGGUGAAAACUGUUGAAUUCGAUCCGGGGUGUUGAAUGGAAACAGGAGUGCGGAAUUCGCUUCGUGGAAAGUGCCAGUGUUGACUGGAUAGUUGAAUUUAAACAAUUGGGGUUUCAGUUUAGUUCAGUUGUGGAGGGGGCUUUGGACUGAGCGGAUCACUUUUUGUGUACAAUCAAACGAACUCAUUGACGGCUAAGGUGUUCCAUUAGAUAGAAAAACUAUCUGAGUGUUACUGUAAAUUUCCACACAGGAACUAAACAAUUCAAUUAUUAAGGUCACGAAGAGAUAGGCCAACGACCUACAUCGUAUACUGUUAUAGUUCGCUGUAAUCGUACAGACAGACUUAAUUUCAAAAAAAUCUGAACGGAGUAACGACAUCAGAUGAUAUGUGCCGCCGUCGUAUUCUUAUCAAUGAACCAUAUGACGAACGAGUGUAACAAAUAAACGGCAAUUCCAAAACACGCGGCCGGUGGUAAUUGAAGUGUUAGUGUGAAGUUAACUUCUCAGUACAAAAUCGUCGAAGAAGUUGUAAUCUUCCUUGGGAGGGAAGUGUGAUGGUGCAGCAGCACAUCUUGUGGUCGAUGUUGGAAUCAUUAGAAACGGCCCCCGUCGAUUAGUGGUAUUGGUUCGUGCGGAAAAGAAGGACCUUUCUUUCGGUGGUGUUGCGUGGCCGAGCGCGGACGUCUUACCGCGUGGUGAUCUCGACUAUUUCGCGCCGUUACUCUACGUAUUCUGCGGGUCGCUUUCGCUCAAGGAUCAAAUCGUAACAUCCCAAUCCCAAGAUGCUGGGAAUCAAAUACCUGAACGAAGCCCACCUGAAGGGUUUCGAGAAGUACAAAUACAGCUGCGUAGACAACAGCAUACUCAGCGUCCAUGUGAUGCACCCCUUCUGGAACUGGCUGGUGCAGUUCUGUCCCAGAUGGGUCGCGCCCAAUUUGCUCACAUUCACCGGGUUCAUGCUGACGGUGGUGAAUUUCUUCCUGAUAGGAUACUACGACUAUGGAUUCAUGGCGGCGAGCCAGACUCCGAAUCCGAUUCCCGGCUGGGUGUGGAUCGUGGCGGGAAUCAACUUGUUCGUGGCGUAUACGUUAGAUGGUAUUGAUGGGAAACAAGCCCGGCGGACGGGUACAAGUGGACCCCUGGGAGAGUUGUUCGAUCAUGGUGUAGACUCCUACUCUACGCUGCUUAUUCCGGUGUACGUAUUCAGUUUGUUCGGAAUGGUUGAUCUACCUCCCAUCCGAAUGCACUUCGUGAUGCUCAAUGCUUAUCUCAACUUCUAUCUACCACACGUGGAGAAAUACAUCACCGGAGUGAUGUUCUUGCCUUGGGGAUACGAUUUUCUCAUGUGGGGUGUAUCGCUAACCAUGGCUGCUACCGGUAUUUUUGGACCAGAGAUCUGGCAGGUUCCAAUCUUCGGAGUCAAACCAUGUGUGAUGUUUGAAGUCGCCUUGUACGUGUCGGGUUUGCUCACCAGUCAUCCAAUUAUUGCGUACAACAUCUACAAAUCAUACCGGGACAAGACGGGAAAAAUGCGCCCAUUUAGGGAAGCAGUCCGACCAUUGGUUCCUCUGUUCUCCCUAGCCAUUGUCAGCACAAUUUGGGCAUUCUUUUCCCCUAACAGUAUUGUAAACCUGGAACCAAGGAUGUUCAUCGUUCUCAGUGGGACAGUGUUUUCCAACAUCAACUGCCGACUGAUCGUAGCCCAGAUGACUGACACGAGGGCGGACCUCUGGAAUGGGCUUCUCAACCUGCUCACGGCGGCAGCCAUCGUUUGCGUAUUUCCCUAUCCACUCCUAGGAAUCGCCCCGCUAUGGGUCGAGUACGAACGGAACGUCCUGUACGCUCUGGUUCUGGUAGUGACCGUGGCCCACCUGCACUACGGCCAGGGAGUGGUGCGGGAAAUGUGCUCCCACUUCCGGAUCCGGUGUUUCAAAAUACCAGCAUAUGGUAAAUCAUCAGCAUUACUAGGCUACUAAAAACCAAACUCGAAUCUCAGUUCGCACAUUUGCGCGUUGUUCGUACCACGAAGACACCUCGGGGAAUACCUACUACCACCAUCACUGGGGCGCAUAUGGCUGAUAAGCCGUUCACAGUUCGUUGCAGUAUUUUAAGGUAAAUGUUUGUGUUGAAGAAGUGCAUGCGAAACGCCGCGAGAGCUACGCUCUCGCAUAACCCCUACCGCGAAACGAAUGACGGACACUUGCUAACAGUGCCUGAUAUGGAAGACUAUCUGUUGGUUCGGGUAAUAGACCUUUCUUCACGGAAUUUUGUUUGAGUAGACGAUUAAUGGAGAUUAUUUCGUAAAUUUCUUCAAAUUAUGUUUAUAAUUUGUUAGAUUUUGGGAUUUUGUAUCAUCUCAGGAACCCUAUGUAGACAUUUGUUCAAUGUCCAUACAAAAAGUAGAAUAUUGAAAACAACAAACUAAUAGAAAAAACUUUGAAAUUAAAUAAGAUCACUUUUCAUUUGUAUUAUUUUUGUACCAUUUUUUAAUUAAUAUCAUAUAUUCAAUUGUUUUAUUGCAUCUAGAAGUACAAAUCGAAUGAGGAGUUACAAAAAAUAUACAACUCGUUAAUUGAUUUACAACGCAAUUGGAGAUGCUCUUAUUAUUGGCUUACAAAAUAUCUAAUUCUUAUAAAAAAAUAUAUCGGGAAAAAUAUGUGUAUGCCUUAAGCAAAAAAUAACCAACAUUAGUUUAUCUAAAAGUAGCUAAUAAAACAACUUGAAAUACGUAAUAGUUAGACAUGAAAAAACAAUAAAAAACAAUAUAAAAAUUGAAAAUUAGCAUGUAAAAUUUGAAUAUUUUCCCGGAUAUGCUAGGAGCGAGCAUUACAAUGUUUUCCAAAAAAUAAAAAAUAAAUCUACUGGGACUAAUUUGAAUAAAUAGAUAUUCCCUAUCGAUAAAUCGAUAAACAUGAGCAAUGAUAAAUUGAAAACUAGCAAUUAAAAAUUAAUCCAUAUUCCUAUAAAAGUUAAAUUUUGCAAUAAAAAUUAAAAUAAGUACUAAAAAAAAAAUUACUCUGAUUCUUAGCACAGCACGAUUAUUUCAAGAAAACAUUACUAAGUAACACUAAAUCGCCAAAAAAAAAA